AUGAGCCACGAAACAGCCGAUCCGACAGCUGUUCUGCCUGAUGACCAUUGGCGGCCAACAUAUGAAGAUAUUCACAUUAUGAUUCGUCAAGAAUCGCUAAAAGUGCGGGAAGAAUUCGAGCCUGAUCUCAUGGUCGCCAUUGGUGGUGGUGGCUUUUUCCCAGCGCGUGUGCUGCGCACGUUCCUGCGGAAACAGGAUAAGCACAACCCUGGUAAACUUCGCAAUGUACCUAUUCAGGCUAUUGGUCUGAGCCUCUACGAGGAGACGGAGGGCAGCGCGGGCGAUAAGAUCGGAACGGAGGUUGUGCGCACGCAAUGGCUUGACGUCGCCAACUCUCAAAUGUCGAGUAACAGCCGUGACAACGCUGGAGGCCUACUUGGGAAAAACAUUCUCAUCGUGGACGAGGUGGAUGAAUCGCGCAUGACGCUCCAUUACGCUUAUCGUGAGCUGCUAAAAGAUGUCCACAAAGCGCUAGAAUCGUAUUCUGAGGAAGAGCGUGCCAGUAUGCGCCCCACCCGCUUCGCGAUUUUCGUCGUGCACAACAAGCUGGGUCCCAAGCGUGCGGAACUACCCAUCAUUGAAAGUGCUGCUGAGGAAAAGAUUGAGGGCGGUGUCAGCACGGGGGUGUACUACUAUGCGGCAGAGACCAUGCCUCCCGUUUGGAUCAAUUACCCGUGGGAGGAAACCGAUAUUUUUGAGCACAAUCGCCUCUCGCAACUGGCUAAGCAGCUGGGUGUAGGCCAGCCGCCCAGGACGUAG